AUGCCUAAGUUUGCUAAAUUUAUGCAGACAUUACUAAAGGGGACGAAAGAGAAAACAGAUAAUGAAAAGGUAAACAUGACUGAAAAGGAUGAUAUGGCAAUGCCUAAAAUAUUUCCACCAAAUCUAAAAGACCCAAGUAAGUUUACUAUUUGUUGUACUAUUGGUGGAGUAAAGAUCCCAUAUGCUUUAUGUGAUUUAGGAUCUAGUAUAAAUGUCAUGCCAGUGAAAAAGGUUAAAGAAUUGAAAGUGGGUGAGAUCACACUUAGUAACAUGACUCUCACUUUAGUUGACUCAUAUGUUACUCAACCGCUUGGUAUCUUACGGGACAUUUUAGUACAUGUCGAUGGUUUACUAUUUCCUAUAGAUUUUGUGGUGCUUGAUACAAAAGGAGAUUCAGGAGAGUCUGUUAUUCCCGUACGCCCAUUCUUAGAAACUGGGAAUGCAAAGAUAGAUAUGGAAGUGGGUGAACUUAUCUUGAAGUUCAACAAAGAAAAAGUGGUUUUCAAGGUGUAUGACUGA